CGCCCAUGUGUGGAGAGUGAGCUGAGCUCGUGGAGUCAGAAGAGACCGAUUUUUAUCUUUAGAAAGUAGGCAAAGUGGAACAAUAGAGAAGGUGUUGAGAAGCACAGAAAGGGUUGGGGAUAGAAGGGGUUUAGAGAGCACAGGGUGUGUGUGACUGGAAAACGCAGAGGGGAGGAGGAGAGACGGCGUGUCAGGUGGUGAGUCAGGCUGGAGCUGCUCUUUAACAGCGAGGGGAAGCGGAUCCGGAGCUGAACAUGAUGAUGAUGGUGAUGAUGAUGAUGAUGAUGUGCUGUGUGUCAUGGCCAGCGGGACCGGUGCGAUCAUGUUGAAGUGUGUGGUGGUCGGCGACGGCGCCGUCGGCAAAACUUGUCUCUUGAUGAGCUACGCCAACGACGCGUUUCCAGAGGAAUAUGUGCCCACUGUGUUUGAUCAUUACGCAGUGAGUGUGACAGUUGGGGGAAAGCAGUACCUUCUUGGGCUGUAUGACACUGCUGGUCAGGAGGACUAUGAUCGUCUCCGUCCCCUGUCUUACCCCAUGACGGAUGUCUUCCUGAUUUGCUUCUCGGUAGUGAAUCCGGCCAGUUUCCAGAACGUGAGGGAGGAGUGGGUCCCUGAGCUGCAGGAGUAUGCACCCAACGUCCCCUACCUGCUCAUUGGCACUCAGAUUGAUCUGAGAGAUGACCCCAAGACCAUCACAAAGUUGAAUGAUGUGAAGGAGAAGCCCAUAAUGACAGAACAGGGGCAGAAGUUGGCAAAGGAGAUUGGUGCCUGCUGUUACGUGGAGUGCUCAGCCCUGACACAGAAAGGCUUGAAGACAGUGUUCGAUGAGGCUAUUAUCGCCAUUUUGGCUCCCAAGAAAGGUGUGCUGAAGCGGCGUCUCGGCCCACGGUGCAUCAACUGCUGCCUUAUCACGUGAGCUGCUUGCGAUGCCAACGGAUCCAGAUCGGAGCAGCUAGAAGUCCUGUCAGAAAUCCUCCUGUCGCCCCAAGGGAACAGGAAAUUGGCCACACCUAGAGGGAGGAGCCACAGAAAAGCUGGAAUCAGCAACAACCAAUCAGCUCUGUAACUGCACAACUCACUGGCUGCAACCAACAAGAUCACUGUGGUGUUUUAAUGGUCAACUUUCAUACCCAAAGCUUUAAACUGUUCUUUCUUUUCUUUUUUAAAUGCACAUAGCUUUGAUUUGUAUGUGUUUUUGAAGCCUCAGCUCAGAUUUAUUUUGCAUUUUCAAACUAUAUCGAGUACUGAAUUGAAGCAUCACUAGCUAUUUUCAAUGGAUUUUUAUUGCACAGUAAAUGCAAUCAGUGAUUUGAGUGUUUUUGCAGCUUCCAAAAUGAAAUGAUUUUUUUUUUAAAUAAACAAAGCUUUAUGAAUAUUGUGGAUUAAAUACCUAGUGAGUUGCAAAUGGGAAACUCCAUGAAGUCUACUAAAUGGUGCAAAUUAUUUUCUUAACGUAAAAAAAGUUACAACUCAGUGAAUAGUGAUUAAUACUUUAUGUACAUUUUAUCUGACUUGCCUCAAACUGAUGUUUGCUGAACAUAAAGUUGUUUUUUUUUUUUUUCAUAAA